UCCAAAUAAGUGCAGCACAACCGGCUGCUCUUAAGAUAAAAAAUAAACUAAAGAAACAUAUAGGUAAUGGCAGAGGUCCACAUCAUAGGGCAGAUCAUUGGAGCUAGUGGCUUCCCCCAACACAGCUUGUUUUGCAAAUGGGGACUACACACGGGUGGGGCCUGGAAGCUACUUUCUGGGGUUGUGGAAGGCCAGACACAAGUAGAUCACCCGCAAAAUGAUGACAUGGCAUUCUGGUCUCACCCUAUCGACAUGCACUUUGCUACUAAAGGAUUACAAGGUUGGCCAAAACUUCACCUUCAAGUCUGGCAUCAGGACACAUUUGGUCGGAAUGAGCUUUAUGGUUACAGCUUCCUCCACAUUCCUUCCACCCCUGGCACUCACACAUUGCUUAGCCCAACCUGGCGACCUCUGGGAACGUGGCAGGAGCAAAUAUGUCAGAUGUUUGUUGGCGGUGGUCCACAACUUAAGUCAGCCAGCUUGAUUUAUGGAGGGUCUGAUCGCUACCGUCUGCAAACAGUGGCCAUGGGGCAAGUACAUCUCGAAUUAACAGUCAUACUCAGGAACUUUGAACGAUAUGGGGUGGAGUCUUCUUGAAAUCUGCAGAGUGCUGGUUUUCGAAAUGAAAUAAUGAUUAUUAUUGAUGCCAAGGACAUAAGCACUGAAAUAAUUAGCAAGACUUUAUUUUAUGUAAUUACUUGUGAGCAACUUAGCCAUUGUUGUAAAAUUCCUCUCCGCAUUCAAUGACACCCUUUUCUCUCUUGUUUCUCACUAAAAUUGAUGUUUAACAAUGUUUCAUAAUACUUCACCCACUAAGCAGUGUACAGGUAUGUUUAUAUUAAGUAAUUUGGGUCUUUUUGUUUUUAAAUAAUUUUCAGAUUUUCUUAGCAGUUAUCUUGAAUCAGUUAAUAGAGGAAAUGUAAUUCCAGUGGCUCUGCUGUCAGCUGUGCUAUAUAUACACAUGCAAAUAACUUUGCCCUGUUUGACUCAGGUUGGUUAUCUGACAAAUUUUAAAAUGUGUCUGUUCUUUCCAAAUGGUUUUUACUGCAAAUAUUUUUUUAGAUAAAAUUAUAUUUUAUGAAAAGGAAACAGUGCGCGAGUAUUCUUUGCUGCGAUAAAAAAUACUGUGCAAUGUGUUAGCGACACGAAUGUAUUGAACAUAACUAAAAUGAUGCUAUGAAUUUUAAUAGCACAAUUAACUGGGAAAAACAUUUUAAUCAAAAUGGAAAAUCAUCUAUACCUGAGGUUGCGGUAUCAAGGACCUUAAGUAAACAAGUAAGUAAAUCAGCAGAUUUGGUGUAAGUUACUAAACCAUCUUUGAUAAAAAAAAAAAAACUGUCUUCCUCUGUUCUUCAUCUUGUGAUCAUAUAUAACUACUUUGUUUUUUUAAUUCUAUGCCCAAAUGUAUGGGUUAGCAAAAAACGUGAUACCUGGGAUUCUCCAGUGCAGUUUCUCUGGCAGAAAUUACUACAGGUUGGUCCAGUCUGCACCAGUUAAAGUUGUUAAAAGACAAAGCUUUUCAGAUUAUAUUAUGGUACAUGUUAUUAUGGCAGUGUCUAUGAAUUAAGUUGCAUUAUGACAAUGAAGGUUUCCUUCAUCCAAACCAAAUUAUUUUUCUGAGCAAACUUGGAAACAUUUCACCACGUAUCAGAAUGACUUUUCCAGUCCAACAGAGUCUGUCAGCAUCCCUGUUGCUUUCCUUACUGGUGUCACUUUAGCUGCAUGAUCAAUGGUGAUUUUUUCCACCAUUUUUCUGGUCCUCUGAAACCUAGGGGUUCUAAUGAAAUGAAGUUGCUUAUUUAUGAACUUUAUUGCCAUUUAUUCGUGUUACAUUUAUCGACACAGAUUUUGUUUCCAUUUUUAUUAUAUACACUGAUUGCAGUGCUACUUCCUAACCUGUAUUCUUUGCCAUUUUUGUUUGUUUUGUUUUCAUGUACCUUAUGUGUGUUAUUACACUUAAUUGCUCCAAA